CAACGUAGUCAACAAAAUCGAAUAGUAAAUAGAAAUACACAGCCGCAGCCGCAGCCGCCGUCGAAUCGACAACGAAAUUUUAAUAACGUGGCGUGCGCCUGCGCAAAUAAAAGAAACAACAACAACAGCAGCAGCAGCAGCAACAACAAUGAAAUAGAGAAAUAAGAAAUAAAAGUAAUCAAAAAACGGCAACAAAAGACAUUCGCAAACGCGCGCAUAGAGAAAUUUUAAAUGAGUUUCAUUUGAAUUCGUGGAUACGUACCUGGCUGGCCUGGCUCACUACCUGAAUCAAGCCGAUCAUUAACAUGCAAAGUGCUUGGCCCACUAGGCGCGUAUAACAAAGGCUAUCAGACGGACAAUCGCGUUUCGCAUACGCAACCAGCUGCACACGUGCGUCUCCGUCGGCUUUGUAGUGGCAAGGCCCCGGUCUUACUUAGAGUUCAAGCAGACGUCGAUCGAUCAUUAGUGUGGGCCACAAUGACCAACGCCACGCCCCCUGGCCUGCUGCACAUGGAUAAGCCGUUUGUUGCUUUCUACCAAUUUUUCCUGGAUUUAAUUGUGUUUGCCUUGAAAUCGAUUUUCUAUAUAUUCGAAUCGCUGUUUUAUACCAUAUUACCGCAGCGCUUUCGAAAGUUGAAGAAUGUUUCCGGACAGGUGGUGCUGAUAACAGGUGGUGGCGGUGGCGUCGGACGUUUGAUAGCACUCAACUUUGCCAGACUCGAAGCGCGCAUUGUCAUCUGGGACAUCAAUCAAGAAGCCAUCAAGACGACAGUUGAUCUGCUGGCCAAGCAUGGUUAUAACAACUGCAGGGGGUAUGUGGUGGAUAUAUCCGACCGAGAGCAGAUCUACCAGCGGGCAGCGCAGGUCAACGAGGAUGUCGGCCCUGUUGACAUACUGAUCAACAACGCGGGAAUCGUCUGCUGCAAGCCCUUCUGGGAGCUGCACGACCGCGUCAUCCAGAACACCUACAACAUCAACAUCAUCUCGCACUACUGGACGGUGAAGGCGUUCCUCCCUCACAUGAUGCGCCACAAUCGGGGGCACAUUGUGACCGUCGGCUCCGUCACUGGCAUGCUGGGCACCUACGGCUGCAGCGACUACGCGGCCACCAAGUACGCCUGCAUCGGCUUCCACGAGAGCCUCUUGACUGACCUCAAGGCGCACGGCUAUGACCAGAUACAGAUGAGUCUCAUUUGCCCCUACUACAUCAACACGGGCAUGUUCUCGGGCGUGAAGCCGCGCAUGAUGCCCAUGCUGGAGCCUCAGUAUGUAGCAGACCGUAUUCAGGGCGCAGUGCUUCAAAACGAGGUCUGGUGUGUGCUCCCCAACUCCAUCCGCCUGCUCACGCCGCUCAAAUGUUUGUUACCCGCCAAGAUGUGUUGGGAGCUGAUGUCGCGUGUGAUCCGCGGUCCGGAGUCCAUGAUGCUCUUCCAGGGUCGCGGACGGGUGGCUGCCGGCUAGCAACAGAGCAAACGACUUAGCUUUAGUUUAAAUUUAAAUUGUUAUAAGAGGCAUACAUAUACAUAUCGAU